AUGGGAGAAUCACGUAUGGAACUAGUUGCUUGGUUGAACGACCUUUUACAGCUCAACUAUCGCAAGGUCGAACAAGCUGGAACAGGUGCUGCGUAUUGUCAAGUUAUGGAUUCAAUCUUUGGCGAUGUGCGUUUGAGCAAGGUCAAGUUUGAUACAAAACACGAGUACGAGUAUGUUGGGAACUACAAGGUGUUGCAGCAUACAUUCGAUAAGCACAAGAUCGAUAAGAUCAUCCCUGUGGAACGUCUCAUGAAGUGCAAGUUACAAGAUAAUCUCGAGUUUAUGCAAUGGCUCAAGCCGUUUUGGGAACAAAACUAUCCUGGUGGUGAAUACGAUGCUGUGGGACGACGAGCUCAUGGAGCUGCCAAGGCACGCGCUGUUCGUUCAGGUGCUGCUGUACCAGCUGUACGCAAAACCCCUGGAUCUAGUAGUGCACGCACCAAUUCACGUGCACCCUCUGCCACAUCAGGUCGUCUCUCAUCAAGCAGUGCUAGUGCUAGUGCUAUGGAUAAUCAUUCGGCUUCCAUGGUGAUCGAUCUCCAAAAACAAGUAUCAGAGCUCAAGUUGACAGUGGAUGGAUUGGAAAAGGAGCGUGAUUUCUAUUUUGGCAAGUUGCGUGAUAUCGAGAUCCUCGUUCAAGAACAACUGGAUGCGGUUGAACAAGAACAUGGCAACACGGAUGCACCAGAAAUCAAUGUCCUCAAGGAAAUCCAAACGGUCUUGUACAGCACCGAGGAUGGUUUCGAGGUUCCUCCUGAGGACGACGACGUUGCUGCUGCUGAAGUCGGUGGAAUGGUGGAUCAUCAUCAUGCAGUACCUGCUGCAGGGGCCCAUCAGCAAGAUUUUGAUGACGAGACAUUCUAA